GUGUCAAAGCACGGAGCGCUUAUCGCGGAACGCGUCAGUGAGAAUUUUUCAUAUACAUGUUGCAUUUCUCCGUGGACUUUCUGCACAGCAUUCACUUUUUGGGUUUUCAGAGUACAGCGGUCUACGAAGAAAACAUGUGCAACACAGAGGAGAGUUGUGCUGUGCUGGGCUCGAGGCAGCGGGCUCCAGGGCCUCUGUGGUGCUCCGAUGCCCCUCUCCCACUAACGAAGAUCCCGGGUGGGCGAGGGACAGGCAGGGAUCUCCCUCAUAGCGUACUGCACAAGGACGAAAAGUUGACGGUGACUCAGGUGGGGUCGGUAAACGGAGCGCCCCCUGUCCUGCACUUCCAGUACCAGUUGAGCGAGCGACGGUUCUCCUGCUGGGACACGGUUCUGUCGGACGACGCACUUUACUUGGAAAUCCCCACUGGAGCUCUUCAUAAUGGCAGCAGAGAAGGUUUAACCAGGCUGCUGGAGUUUGCAGAGGAGCAGUUGAAAGUCAGCUAUGUGUUCCUAUGGCUUCAAAAACACAGAGAUGAUCGAUUGUCCAUCAUGAAGACCUUCCACUACAUGGGUUUUGAAGUGGUAAAACCGGGUCACCCGCUGGUGCCGGCCCGGCCUGAUCUUCUCUUUAUGGUCUAUUCCAUGGACAGCAGCAGUUCUGAUGAAGAGUGACCAUCAAACUCUCACUCACACUUAAAAUGCCCCCACCCCUCUCCCCCAACUAUACCUCUGCAUCAGUGACUUUUAAGACAGGGGGAGGGGCGAAGCUGGGCCGACUAACACUCUGAUUGGUUCAGUUUCCAUUAUUAUCCCAACAAUCGGUUCUGAUUGGCCGUUCCAUCAGCAAAAGGUGGGUUGGUGCUAAAGCAGAAAUCCACCAUAUCCUCUCUGUUAAUUCACACCAUAUAUCAAACUGUCUAUACUGUUGUGUACACUAUGUAUGGAACAUUCAGAACAGGAUACAGAUCGCAGACAUGGGAGUGAUACUUUUUACAGAAGGGAAUGCAUUUGUAACCGAUUGUAGACUCUUUCCAGUGGCUGAUAAUGGUGAAACAGAAUUUCUUUUGUUUAUUCCAGAUUGGCAGUCUUCUCUGUUCUGGUUUGACUCUUCUUUAGGAGUUUCAACUGAAACUUUCACUAGUUAAUCAUUCAAUGUUCUCAGAGGAAGCGAGCUGAAUAGCUCUCAACUCUUAGUUAGAAGACUCGACUCACUUCAACAGCAUAGUUAGCUUUUCAAACACUCAUUAGGAUUUAUGCUAUGUUCCAUUCAACUCAGAACAUUUGAAUUUCUAACUUCCUAUGUAGAAAAGUGCAAUAGAAUGCACUUGAAGUUGGACUUCAAACUUGGAAAAUUCUAUGAAAACUACAAUUUCAGACGCAGGGACAUGGGGAGAUGUGCAGUUAAUACUAUACAUUCACUUUUAAGCCAAUAAAACUUCAACAGGAAAAAGUUUCCUCAUUAUAUAAAAUGUUGCAGAACAGAUGUGUAAAACACAGUAAACGAUCCUCACUGUUGAUGAGCACACAUCUGCAUAUUACCAUUACCAUAAAUGGCUUUAUUCUUGCCCUUCAAAGAUAUUAAGUACAACAAAUAUCUUUCAAUAUUGGAUGGAACGCAGCAUUCUAGCAUAAAUUCAUCCAAACA